AUGCAGCAGGGCGGGAAGAAGGGCCGAGGCCCCAAGGCAGGUGCUCGCGCUCAGCCUGAUGCUAACAAAGAGAGAAUGCUGUACUUCCUCGCCUGUUUGGUCGGGCAGACGGUCACCGUUAAGCUGAAGAACCAGACGAUUUACGAGGGAGUCUUCCACAGCUGCUCCACAGAAGGUGAUCUAUCGAUCACUUUGAAAUCAGCCCGAAAAGUUCCCACUGGAAAUGGGAAAAGCGGCGAGGUGAAGGAUGAGCUGGUUGUUGCAGGAAAGGAGUUCCUGCAGGUGUCCGCGGUCAACGUGCCCCCGGAGCCAAAGCAGCACAGCGCCUUCAAGACUGACGGUGAAAUAGCUGAAGGCUGGGGCAAAGAUCACAACCGGGAACUGGUUGCCUGGAAAAGCGGCGGUGAGGCGAGUGCCCCUGCCGGUGUUUCCCUCAACUUGGAAUCCGGCGGUCGGCAAAUCGGCACCUGGAACCAGUUCGAGUAUAACGAGAAGCAGUUUGGUAUCACUAGCACCUACUCUGAGGACCUAUACACGACGAAGCUGGAUCCCAGCAAAAUCCCAGAGCAGAAGCGAAAAGAUGCCGAACGCAUCGCCCGCGAAAUUGAAAGCGGGCAGAGCUACGGCAGGAUAGAAGAAGGCGUCAAUGACGACGUCGACGAGGAAGCGCAAUUUAGCGCUGUCGGCUCUUCGCAAGCUCGGGAGCCAGUGCACGCUCCACUGACUGUGGAGAAUGUGUCGCAGCAUGAUGCUGCAUCUGCAGCUGAACUUCAUGCUGCUGAUGGUUUCGCCCGAGAGCACAGGGCCAAGCGCUACAUGAUCACAGCGCACUCGCGUGCCCCGCAGCUCUCCGAGAUGAAAAGCAUCAAUGCCUUAAAUCUAGAGCCUGCGUUGCCCAAGUUCGAUGACAAGACCCGAUCGGAUUGGAUCAAUUUCAAGCAGUCACAGUCGCGAACGCGACAGGGGCAGCCACCUGCUGGAAUCAAGGAUGAGCUUCAGCAGUCGUUGCAGGCCAUCCAGCAAAAGGAGGCCACCCAGAAGUCCGCUGCCACACCAGGUGCCAGCGGCUCCGGACAUGCCGAAGCAAGAGGAUUUCAGAUGGAUGCUUCUGCUGCGGCACAUGAGCCUGAGCAGGCGCAAGAAGAGCAAAAGGGCGGAAAGGGGAACUCCAAGUUUUCGUUCAACCCGUCUGCGAAGGAGUUUUCAUUCAAUCCGCAAGCCGCGACGUUUACGCCCACCAACGCUGCUGUGGCACAGCGUUCGGAGUCGAAGACCAGCGCUUCCCAAGGAGCGAGGAAGAACGACUCAGCACCUGCGCACACUGAAAAAGCGAUGGCACCUGGGCCAGUGAACAACUCAGCGGCCUCUCGUCAGCCGACCAAGUCGUUUGCCGAGUUUUUAAAGCCAGUGAAGGGGGGUGGACGGAAAACAUCUCUGGAAGAUCUGCUGAGCAAGUUGUACAAGACGUGUGAGACUGCCAAGCCGCAGAACUGUCCGCCGACGUGGGAGACCAACGGGCCUUCCUACAAAGAGAUCUUGGGCCAGCCAAAUCCGGCCAACCAGAUGGCAGGAAGCGCCGCCCACCAACUGCAGCAGCAAGUGAAGCAGAUGCAGGCUGGACAGCACCAGCAACAACAGCAGCAAAUGCAGCAGCAGCAACAGCAGCAACAGCAGCAGCAGCAGCAGCAGCAGCAGCAGCAGCAGCAGCAGCAGCAGCAGCAACAAGAAAUGCAGCAGCAACAGCAGCAACAACAGCAGCAACAGCAGCAGCAACAACAGCAGCAGCAACAACAGCAGCAGCAACAACAGCAGCAGCAACAGCAGCAACAGCAACAGCAGCAACAGCAGCAGAUGCAGUCCCAGCAGGGCCAGCAGCAAAUGGGCAUGCAACUGAUGCAGCCCACAGGUCCUGGCGGGCAGAUGGGACAAGCAGGUUUCAUCAUGACCGUGCCAGGGUGUGCCAACGGACAGCAGCCGAUGAUGCCGCAGCAGAUGUUCCAGCAGAUGCCGCAAGGGGGUGGCCGUGGAAACAAUGCUCAGGGAAUGCAGCAAAAUCAACCGCAGCCCCAAAUGCAGAUGCAGCAGCAAGGAAACCAGCCACAGCAGCAGAUGGGUUUUGUGCCUCAGAACAUGAUGGGCGGCCAAGUCGUUGCCAUGCCUGGUGCGAUGGGGGCUCCACAGGGCAACAUGGGCAUGGCUGGCAUGGGCGCAAUGCCAAAAUUCGGACAGGUGGUUCCGAUGAUGGUGCCCGCCGGCCAAUUCCCGCAAGGUUUCAUGCCACAGGCGCAAGGCUGCAUGCAGCAAGGCAUGCAAGGUGGCCAACAAGGAGAUGGCAUGAUGAUGCAAAAUCAGAUGAUGCAGCCAGGCGGAGGUUCCGAGAAAGUCCAGGGGGACUGUUACUCAUUUCCUCGCGUGCGGGUCACAUGCAGGGCUGCGGUUACCGCGGCAUGGGUCCUGGUGAGUGAGUGCCGUGAAAGUCAAGGUUGCUUCGUCUUGGCGCGGCGCAAGUUGCACCUCUGUGAAUAUCCCGGGGUUGGACAAACGCAGAAAGGUGUCUUUUACUGUGGCGACAACGACUGGUGUUUACACAUUUUCAAGCCAGGAGCCGUUAUUCUUGAAACGUGGCUUGUCCGCGCAUGGCUGCAUGCAAACUGGACAGCCAACGUCCUGGAUGCCACCUUGUCCUACAGCCCCGUCCGGGCAGCAAUUGCCGCGUGCAUGCUCGCCUUCCAAAUGUUACAGAUGACAGUGGUUCCUUGCAUGGAGACCUCGGGCACGCACCCUGCAGUCCAGGCCGAGCUCAUGCAGCAUGCGCUGCGCCUCUCGGAGCUCGAGGCUCAGCAGCGCGGGCAUGUGGUGGCUGGCUCGCUACUCGCAGAUCACCCCCUGCAAGCGGACUUCCACGAUGAUGACGAUGGAUCUCCUCAAGAGGCAGCAGAACAGAGAGCCAGGCUACGCGAAGAACAGGAGGCAGAAUACCAGGAAAGCCUUCGCAUCGAUCGGGAGCGUGCGGAGCAGGAGGCUCUCAGGCUAAAGCAGGAGGAGGAGCGGAAGAAGCAAGAAGCUGAAGAGCAGGAGUCCAAAGCCAAGCAGGCAGAAGCAGCUGAGCUGGCGCGUCAGGAUAACCUUUCACGGAAGCUGGAUGAGGCCAAGAGCAUCAUCACGCCGGAGCCGCGAACGUCUGGUCAGCCUCUAACCAGUAAUUUCCGAAGCGAUGAGCUGAUGGUGGCCCGCGGUGACUUCGAACGCCUGGAACGGCGCCUCUUCCAGGCUGAGAAGACAAUCCAGCUGCAAGCCAGCCACCUCCAAGAGCUGCAGGCAACCGUGGAUGCCCUUCAGGGCCAUGCCCCAAGUAACCGCGCUCCUAUGCCUAUCAUGCGGGGAGCAGGUUUGCCCGUAGGUGCCCCGACGGGCUUCCUCCGGGAACGUUCGCGAACACCGCGGCCGACACCCCCUCCUCCCAGCUACCCGACAAGGAUACCAGCUGCGACAUACGGAAAUGAGCACUCUGGUGAGCCCUUCGAUGAGGCCAGGAUACUCCUCGUGGAGGACUUUGUGUCAGAGAAUGCGUUAGAUACAAAAUGCAGGGACGCGCUUCUGGCCCUACCAGUAGAGGUGCAGCGUGCCGUAAUUAGCCAGGGCCCAGCUGAAGGACGGAAUCCUUCAGCAAUGGUCAUGGGCAGGAUAGCGAAGGCACAGAAGGAUCCGGCGUUUGGCGCAUCUGCUAUAGAGCUUACGAUGCCCCCACCAGACGGCGAGAGACUGCAGGAGCUUGUUGAAAGCUUUAUUGCUGAGCACAGUCUGGACGAGAGGUGUGCCGACACCCUACGGAACCAGUCUCCAGAGUGUCAGGAGGCGGUGCUGAGCCAGGGCCCCGCGACUGGCCGCAACGCCUCCGCCAUGGUCAUGGGCCGAAUCGGCAAGUUUGACUCCCGACGGAUAUGA